AUGCCCGGCGCCAGCGUCGCAGUUCUCCCGCCUCCAGCGGCCUCGACACCCUCCUCGCGGAAGGCGUCUCUCGCACCAGAACGCAAAUACAAGUGCCAGUUCUGCAACAGAGCCUUCAGCCGAAGCGAACAUCGAAGCCGCCAUGAGCGAUCACACACAAAGGAGCGUCCUUUCAAGUGCAUGAAGUGCAGAAGCACCUUUGUGCGCCGCGACCUUCUGCUGAGACAUGAUCGCACAGUCCACGCCAAGGAUGGCGGCGUCCCCCUUCACAGCGACGGCAAGCGUCGCGCUGGACCCAAGACUCGAGCCAUCGGCGGCCCCCCCAAGUCGUCAAUCACCCUCGACACGUCCACCUUGGAGCAGAUGGAGGCUGGCGGCGACGGCAUUUUCGACGUGGAAGCCGCCGCCAUGCUCGUCGCCGACUUGCACAACAAGGCCACUGCGGCCAUGCGCGGAGAUGACGGAUCCUACGAGGACGGCGCGUCCAUGGCCUUCUCUCCGCGAAGCUCUACCGUCAUGGAGCCUGCUGUCACGUACCCAUCCGGCGCCAUCGCCCUUCCCCAGGUCCAGUGGGACAAUUUCAUGGCCGAGCCCAAGCCGCACUCCAUCACCUCGAGCGCCUCUGGCUCUUUCGAGUCGUCGAGACUGCAGCAUCAUGCCGGCCAGCUGCCUCCCUUUACUGGUCGAAACACCAAUGGCCUCGUGCCCGCUCUCCAAUCCAUGAUGAACUCGCUUCCGGCCCCUGGCUCAGAGGUCCCGGCCCCUCGAUCGCCCUCUGCAGUCGACUCUCAACAGGCCGGCUUCAGGGCCCCUCAGGUUUCGGGCGACGACGAGCGAAACGCCAUUCUCGACAACAUUCGAAACUCUGACCGUGAGCACGCCAUUCCCGAGAGCUUCCGCCUGCCUGGCCUCGGCUCUCUGAACCGUUAUCUGGCCACGUACUUUGGGCUGUUCCAUCACCACCUGCCCUUUCUGCACCCUGCCUCCUUCAGCCCGUCUCAGGUGUCGCCGCCGCUGCUGUUGGCCGUCCUGAGCAUUGGCGCCCUCUACGCCUUUGACCAGGACCAGGCGUACAUGCUCCACAUCGGAUCCAAGGUGCUCGUCAACCAGUUUCUCCAGAACAAGGAGAACUUUAGCUCCCGCAAGUGUCCCCUGUGGACCAUGCAAAGCUCGCUGCUCAACAUGAUCUUCGCCAGCUGGAGCGGCGACCCCAAGGGCCUGGAGUGGGCAUGCUCCAUCAAGAGCCUGCUCGCCAACAUGGUGGCCGGAAACCGCUACGAACUCAAGCUCCGCCAGGAGGCACGCGGCACGGCCAAGCCUACUCGUGCCGAGUGGGUCGAGGACGAGGGCUGCCGCCGCACCUACUAUGCCGUCUACAUCUUCUUUGGCCUGCUGACGCUGACGUUCAACCACACGCCCGCCAUUGGCUUCAACGAGUUUGAGGACCUGCAGCUUCCUUCGACGGAGGCCAUGUGGAACAUGCAGGUCGCCGACGAGGCCGCGUGGGUCGAGCAGCUGGAGAAGUCGCCCGCCGUCAUCUUCAUGGAAGCCCACGACAAGCUGUUCCAGGGCGAGACGCUCAAGUACAGCGCCUUCUCCACCCGUGUCAUGAUCAAUGCCUUGUUCCUCGAAGUAUGGUACCACAAACGUAGCCCUGAGGCCCUGCAGGAUGUCGUGACCGAGUACAAGCUUAGACUCGCGCUGGAGACGUGGGAGAAAUCGCUGGACCUGUGCGAGCAGGAGUCUGUCGUGGUGCCCCUCAACGCUCCCCACAAGGGCCACCCCCUGAUCUUCAAUGCCCGCGCCAUGUAUCGUAACGCCCGCGCCCGGCUUGAGGUCGACCUCAAGACUGUGCAGGAGGCCCUGCGCUACCACGAGCCGUACGAAGUGGCCGCCGCCAUGUCCCACGCCCGGGACCGCGUCAAGCGCUCGAGCGAGAUGAUCAAGGUGAUUGAAGAGUGCUACAACUGCCUCGAGACGGCCGUGGUCCAGGGCGUCCGCUGGGUGGCGCGCACCUCGUCGACCAACUGGAGCGUCGAGCACCCUCUGUGCGGCCUGGACCUGAUGAUCAUCCUCACGCUGUGGCUCUAUCGCCUGGAACACGACGAAGAGCCCGCGACGCCGGAGGAGGUGGCCAUGUACUACAAGGUCCGCCAGCUCUUCAUCAAGGACUUUGACGAGAACAUCAUUGCCAACCUGAGCUCGGUGGUUGCCCGUCUCUGGGGGUCCAUGUUGGACGAGGUUGUCGUGUGGGGAAUCACGCGCCUCAUGGGCGAAUCAUUCAAGUUGCACUCAGAAGCCCUUGUCGGCUAUGUCGGCGACGAAGCGUCCUCUAAUGUGUCGACUCCCUCGAUGACAUCGCAGGGAGCAGACGAGGACAGCGUGUACUAA